AUGGACAAAGAUGGGGAAAUAUCAGAAGGCAAAGGCUUCACCACACAGCAAGACAGCAUUGAACUACACUACGAUAUGUCGAGAUUCUCUCUGAAAGGGCGCACGGCACUGGUGACAGGAGGCGCUCGGGGUUGCGGGCUAGCAUUUGCCCGGGGACUCGCCGAAGCUGGAGCUGAUGUCGCCGUAUUUGAUGUUGUUUUACCAGAGGAAGGAUUCAAUACAAUUGAAAAGGUCUGUGGUGUCCGAACAGCCUAUUACAAAGUCGAUGUCUCAUCUCAGGAAUCUUUGCAAGCAGGCUUCGCCAGCUUCCAGAAGGAUUUUGACAAUGCUCUUGAUAUCUGUGUUCCAUGUGCCGGUAUUAAUCGCCAUCUUCCAUUCCUUGAGUUUACAUACAAGGAUCAUCAGGAUCUACUAUCUAUCAAUGUGCUCGGACUUUACUUCACUGCCCAGCUUGCAGCUAAGCAAAUGAUUGCAAACAAGACGACACACGGGUAUCCGGGUCAAUUCCAUCUCUCCUGGAUAUGUGAAGACAGAAAUGACGGCUUCAUUCGCCCAUCCUCUCACGGCUGGAAAUCCGAAGCCAUGAACGGCCGGAUUGCCGAACCGGAAGAUAUUAUGGGGGCGUGUGUAUUCCUAGCAAGCGAUGCGAGUUCGUACAUGACCGGGUCGGACAUUGUUGUGGACGACCAGGAAGGUUACAGAAUCGGCCGUGUCGAUCCUUCCACUACCGUCGUGGUGGUGGGCGCGGGACCAUCUGGGUUGAUGCUAGCAUGUAAUCUUGUUCGUUUCGGGAUCGCGGUGGUGAUUUUGGACGAUCGUCCUGACAAAACAUCCACCGGGAAGGCCGACGGAAUGCAACCAAAGACCAUCGAGACAUUCAGACAACUUGGGUUGGCAGAUUCAUUGCUCAAGAACGGCGCUCGGGUUUACGAUAUUUCCUUCUGGGAGUCAACCGCCAAUGAGUCGCUGAAACGUACGGGCCGCAAAACCCACUACCCCGAGCACGUCGGUGCCUCCGAUCCAUAUAUAUUGCUGGCUCACCAGGGAAUGGUUGAGGAGGUGAUGAUCGAUGAUAUGGAGGCACGGGGAGUGUCCGUCACGCGCAAUAGCAAGUUUGUGUCGUGCUCACGUGUGGAUGGAACGACACAGCUGGAUAUUAUGUAUGAGGAUGCUACUACCAAUACUCCUCACAAGAUCAGAGCCGAUUAUCUGGUAGGAUGUGAUGGAGCUCGAUCUAACGUUAGGUCUUUCAUUCCGGGUGCUGAGCUUGAGGGCGAAUUAACAAACGCGGCUUGGGGAGUGCUAGAUGGUGUGAUUGAUACGAACUUUCCUGAUCUGUGGAGCAAGGUCGCGGUGCGGUCUCAUUCCGCUGGGUCGAUCUUGUGGAUUCCACGGGAGAAAGGUAUGACUCGAUUAUAUGUUGAGUUGAGUUCAACCAACGGGGAGCGAGUGGAAAAAUCAAAUGCCUCGACUGAAUAUGUCAUGGAUCGAGCCAGGGAGGCAAUGCUUCCAUUUAACCUAGAGUGGAAGACAGUGGAGUGGUUUGGCACAUAUGUUGUGGGCCAACGGGUCGCGAAGCGCUUCAUGGAUUCAGAGGCAAAGAUAUUCAUUGCAGGUGAUGCUGGCCACUGUCACUCGGCUCUUGCAGCCCAAGGUGCCAACACAAGUAUGCACGACAGCUUCAACCUUGCAUGGAAACUCAACCUCCUAGUCCGAGGACUUGCCAAGCCAACGAUACUCCACACCUACGAGGAAGAAAGACAGAAGAUUGCAUACGACCUCAUCAACUUUGACGUCGAGCACUGCAAAGCAUUUGCAGUAGGCGACGCAGCACUGGCCAAGAACUUCGACGACAACAUUCGAUUCAUAUCCGGCGUUGGAGCCGAAUAUGCUCCCGGGAUGUUGACACAAGUACCAGCCACAACAACUCAUCUCCAAUCUGGGAUGCUUCAACUCCCAGCAAAGGUCACCCGCUAUAUUGAUGCCAAUCCGGUCGAUAUCCAGUUAGAUAUUCCGCUGCUGGGCCAAUUCAAGAUCUAUCUUUUCGUGCCGGAUAUAUGCUGUUCGCGCGAAUCGCUAGGCAGUAUUUGUCAACAGUUGCGAUCCGUGCUUGCUGGUGGGAGUGUGCUGGCAGCUCACUCAUAUCAGAAGCACCCGAGGGGGCAUUCUCCCUCGGAUGGCUUUAUUCAGAUUCAGCGCUACACUACUCUCUCCGAUGUCUUUACUUUUGCGAUGGUUACGCAGUCUGCUCGGUCUGACUUUGAAAUUGCUGAUCUGCCGGAUAUACUGCAGGCUAGUCGGUGGACUUUGUACGUCGACGAUAUUGGACGGCCGAGUUGUACUGAGAAGUGGUUUGGGGAUUUGAACGAGAGGGUUGGGAUCUCUGUCGUGAGGCCCGACGGAUACGUUGGUGCUAUUGAUACUUGGGAGGCUGAACAAGUGGGUUCCAUAGGGCAGUGGUUGCAGGAUUAUUUCUCGUUCAUGGUGUAA